UCAAGGAAGCGACCAAGGUUCAUGUUUACGGAUGUGAACUCUGCAAGUUCUAUGCCCAUUUUGAAUGCGUUCUAUCUAAGGAAGAAAUGGAGCGAUUUUCAUCAUCCUUGUUGCCAGAGAAUCAGAAGCAAACCGAGGAAACAAAUGACUCGGGCAUUAAAAAGACAGAGGAGGAGACGAUUCAUGAACAUCCAUUGAGAUUGCGAAGCAAUGGGGGUAAUGAAAUUUGUGGAAUGUGUGAACUCCAAAUAAAUGGCCAAGCCUACGCAUGCGAUGACUGCCACCAUUUCUGGGUUCACGAGAGAUGUGCGGAGUUACCUCGAACCCUUCAUCCCCUUCACAAGCUCCAUCUCGUUAAAGAAGCAGCCUUCAAUCUUUUCAUAUGCGACAUCUGCGGAGAUGCUUCAAAAGGAUUUAAUUUUUAUUGCCGAUCAUGCGAUUUCGUCAUAGACGUCAAAUGCGCAUUCAUGAGUAAAGCCGGACAGAGUUUCUACGACAGACACGGUGGAGAGACUCUCAAACACCCUCUCCACCGACAACAUAAGCUGACCCUUGCCAAUUUUAGGGCAGAUUCACUAGCGAGAGAAUGGUGUGAGGUGUGCGGAGAACUACUCCUAGGUCCAUCAUAUUGUUGCAGAGUAUGUGGUUUUCGUGGUUAUUUCCACAAAGCGUGCAUGCAAUGGCCGAGCUCGGUUGAGGGACAUCCUACUGCUCCUCACCAUCUUCUCCAGCUUGGUGAAAUGGAUUUCUGGGGCAUAUGGAACGAUGGCGGACGCGUACCACCGUGUUUUGCAUGUGGAGAUACAAUAAUAUCGAGGUUCGGCUAUAAAGUCGUGGAUUUGGAAAGAGGCAUAUUUUGGUACCACAUUGAAUGCGGAAGUUCUUUGGCUCAUCCCUUGAGACGUGGAGGCCUUCACCAUCUGUUCUAUUACCUCCACAACAAACCUUCUAAAGGUGCAUUUGCCGUUGCAGAAGACACGAUUCAUAGAUGCGCCUCUUGCCGAGAAGAGGCGAUGAAUUCUUACUACCGAUGCCGCGAGUGUGGUCUCUAUUACCAUUUUGGAUGUCUUCGGGGAGCAAAAUGGCUGCCAAGCACGGCCAGACAUGAACAACAUAUGCAUCGGCUCUCUCUCAAGGAAGAAUGUACCGACUAUGGAGGAUACUACUGUGAUAUCUGCGAAGAACCCAGAGACUCUCGGCAUCCUUGUUAUGCAUGCGACGACUGCGAAUUCGUCGUGCAUAUCGAAUGCAUUGUUUCUGAAGAAAAUGCUUCUAGCGUGACACUGGAAGAGAUUGAAGGGGAUGAUGUUGUGAGGAUUCAAGAAUGCGGGACAAAUUCUUGA